AUGCAGCCCCGACGCCAGGGGCGCAGGGCGUCCCGGGUUUGGGGGCUGGGGAGGGGGGGGCGGCUGGUGGACCUCGGUCCAACUCAGGGACCCCAGAAAACACAGCAGAAGGAAGCAGGACUUCCAAACACCUGUCCAAAGCCCCGCGCGCCCCGGCCGCACACUCUGCGGCAAAGCCCCUGCCCGGGGGAAGGGACGAGCUCGCUUCAGGGACCCGGGGUGAGGAGGGGAGCCCGGGGGACGAGGAGCGGCCACCCACUGGGGCGGCGUCGAGGCCCUGGGGCGACUUACGGCGACGGCGGCGGCAGCGAGCGAGGCGGCGGCGGCCCUAGCGCGGGGCCCGGGAGGCGCGGCCGGACUGCAGAGGCGCCGGGGCUGCGGCGGGCGGGACUGCGGUGGGCGCCAUCUUGGAGCGCUCCCCGCGCCCGCCCCCUCCCCCUCCCGCGCCGCACGGGUCCUUGCAUAAUUGAUGACUCGCGCCCGCCGCCGCGCGCCCCCGCCGCCGCCGCCGCCGCGCGCCCCCGCCGACCCCCGCCGCCGCGCGCCCCCGCGCGCCCCCGCGCGCCCCCUGCCUCCCCCGCCCGCCCGCCCGCUCGCGGCCCACCUACCCUCGCUCGGCGCGCCCGUCCGUCCGCAGCGCUCGCUCGCUGGCUCGCAGGCCCGCGUCCCCGCGCAGCCGGGACUCGAUCCGCGCGAGGAGCCGGGGCCGGCAGGGGGCGCCCGUCCGAGCGCAGCCAGCGUCCCCGGGCCCGCCUCCGCGACGCCCCCGCCCGCCCGCCCGCCGGCCCGCCGCCGCGGGAGGGGUCAGGCCCGCCACGGGACAGCCGCGGGACGGACCGAAGGACGGUGAAACAGACUGCGCCCCGUCCCGCCCCACCCGCGGCGACACCCAAGAGGUGA